AUGAAGACCUCCAUUGCCAUCCUUUCUGCUUCCGUAGCUUCUGCCAUGGCCAGCCCCUUCUCCAUCAACUCCAAGCAAUGCAACGUCGCCCCCAGCGCUUCUGCCAGUGGAAAAGUUCAGCCUUACCACAACGGCAAGGCUGACACCGCCAUCGAUUGCCAGACCUACUGUGCUUCUGAUGACUCCUGCAAGAGCUUUGCUUUUGGUCUUGCCAAGGGUGCCCACGAACCCAGCUGCCUUCUAUUCGAAGUAGCUGCUGCCAAGGUGCCUGCCCGCAAGGAUGGUUUUCACGUCUUUGACCGGGAGUGCGCUGCUGAUCGUGUUCCCACUUCGGCUCCUACUACCGGCCAGCCUUGGGGAACUGUUCCUAAGAAGGUCCUUGGACGCCGAGGUACGCAGUGCAACUGUGCUGCUUCUGGGUCUUCGAACGCUGAUGUUCAGCCUUUCAAGACAACUACUGCGGCUACUGCCAAGGACUGUCAGGUUCUUGCUGAGGCUGAUACUUCAUGCAUGAGCUUCCUCUUUGGUCUCUCUGAUGACUCCAAGUCUCCUGUCUGCAAGCUCUAUAAGGUUGCGGCCUCUAGUAUUCCUGCUCGCAGUGACAAGCUCUUCGUUUUUGACAAGGGCUGUUCUUCCAAGCAGGUUCCCACUACUGCUCCUACCGAGGAUGCUCCUCGCGGUCUUAUUUCUGCAGCCUCCAAGGUCACCAAGGAUGCUAAGGUUACCAAGGUCCAGAAGUCUCAGUCCAAGGCUACCAAGAUUACCAAGGUAGAGGACAAGAUGACUGAGCAGGAGGGAGACUAUGAGGUCUCUGGCUCUAAGCCUAAGACCACCAAGGUCCAGAAGUCCCAGCCCAAGGUUACCAAGGUUGCCAAUGGUGAGGGAAACAAGGUCCAAUAUGCCGAGCCCGAGGUCACUCAACAUGCCGAGAAGCCCAAGUCCAAAUCCACCAAGACCAUGAACUCCAAGGCUAAGGCUACUAAGGCUGUCAAGGUUGACAAUGAGAAGGUUCAGUACGCGGAGCCCACCAGGGUUUCCAACACCAAGGCCAAGGUCACCAAGGUCGCUGAGGUUAACAACAACAACGAGGCUAAGGACACCAAGGCCAAGGCUGAGGACAACAAGCAGACCAAGGCUACCAAGGUCAAGGACACCAAGGUCAAUGCUACUAAGGUCGCCAAGGUCGAGGUCGAGAACGAGAACAUCCAGUACGCUGAGCCCACCAAGGUUUCCAACACCAAGACCAAGGUCACCAAGAUCGCUGAGGUUGACAUCAACAUCAACAACAAGGCCAAGGCUACCAAGGUUCAUAACCAGGACCAGCAGACUACCAAGGUCGCCAAGAUUGAGAGCAACAAGGACACCAAGGACAUCAAGGCCGAGAGCCCCAAGACUCUGGUUACCAAAGUUCGCAACAACGAGCAGCAGGCUACCCAGGCUGCGAAGGUCGACGGCAAGUCUGAGUGCAAGACUACCAAGGUCAAGGUUUCCAACAGCAAGGCCAAAGCUACACAGGCUUACUAA